AUGAGCGAUGCAUUAAACCAAACAAGUGAUGCUGUCUUCACAGACAGAAUGAGAAGAUUCCAAGAGUUUUUGGAUACUCAUUCUCAUUACACGCGUGAAAUAAGAUCGAUAUUAGAGUUUAACAGUAACGUGGUUAAAGAUAAAAAGGAAGAUGAUGACUUUAUGGAUAAUAUGGAUAAAGACAUGAUGGAAUACGAUUCAGACCGCUUACCAUUAAGACUUGUAAUCUCUUUGGACGAUCUACGUGAGUUUGACAAAACGUUUUGGACAGGUCUUUUACAACUUCCUUCGUUUUUCCUGCCAGCUGCAGAGCGUGCUGUCUCGGAGACUGCGAUGGCUUUAGACGAUACUCCACUUGGGUUUCGUGGGUUCCAAAAUGACCCUAGAAGACAAUGGAAAUUGUCUUUCAAGGGUUCCUUUGGGCCAAACUCUCUAUCGCCACGUACCUUAAACUCUACUCAUUUGAACAAGCUCAUAUCUAUAGAAGGUAUCGUCACAAGGACCUCUUUGGUCAGACCCAAGCUGCUCAGAUCUGUUCAUUAUGCUCAAGCAACGGGACACCAUCAUUAUCGUGAUUAUCGAGAUGCCACUACGACCUUAACAACUUCAGUUCCUACACCAGCUAUCUAUCCUGAAGAAGAUCAAGAGGGAAAUAAAUUAGUCACUGAAUAUGGUUUCUGUCAUUACAUGGACCAUCAGCGUAUUACAGUACAGGAAAUGCCUGAGAAAGCUCCUCCUGGUCAAUUGCCAAGAUCCAUUGACGUUAUUCUUGAUGACGAUUUGGUAGAUAAGACAAAACCAGGUGAUAGAUUAAAUGUGGUGGGUGUAUACAAGUCACUUGGUGCCGGUGGUUUGACCGGUGGUUCAAACAAUAAUGACAAAGGUAACGGUGCACUAUCUGGGUUUAGAACCGUCAUCAUAGGAAACACAGUAUAUCCCCUUCAUGCAAGAUCAACAGGUGUUUCAGCAAUUGAGUCGUUGUCGGAUAAUGAUAUCAGAAAUAUUAAUAAACUAUCGAUGCGUAAGGAUAUUUUCGAGACAUUGUCUCAGUCCUUAGCACCUUCCAUUUACGGACACGAGCAGAUUAAGAAGGCUAUCUUGCUGAUGCUUAUGGGUGGUGUGGAGAAGAAUUUAGCAAAUGGAUCCCAUUUAAGAGGUGAUAUCAAUAUUCUAAUGGUUGGUGAUCCAUCUACUGCUAAGUCGCAAAUGCUAAGAUUCGUUUUAAACACUGCUGCCUUGGCCAUUGCCACGACAGGUAGAGGUUCGUCGGGUGUCGGUUUAACAGCGGCUGUCACAACAGAUAAGGAAACAGGUGAAAGAAGGUUAGAGGCCGGUGCUAUGGUGUUGGCGGAUAGAGGUAUUGUUUGUAUUGAUGAAUUUGACAAGAUGUCAGAUGUUGAUAGAGUUGCAAUUCACGAAGUCAUGGAACAACAAACGGUUACUAUUGCAAAAGCUGGUAUUCACACAACUUUGAAUGCCCGUUGUUCUGUGAUAGCGGCAGCUAACCCUGUCUUCGGUCAAUACGAUGUCAACAAGGAUCCACAUAAGAAUAUAGCUCUACCCGAUUCUUUGUUAUCUCGUUUCGAUUUACUAUUCGUGGUCACUGACGAUAUAAAUGAUAUUAGAGACAGAGCCAUUAGUGAACACGUUCUUCGUACUCAUAGAUAUCUACCUCCAGGGUAUUUAGAAGGUGAACCAAUUAGAGAACAGAUCAAUUUGUCACUAGCUAUUGGGGAGGACGAAGAUGAAGAAGAGGAUGAGGAAGAGGAGGAUAUUGUCUUUGAAAAAUUCAAUCCUUUAUUGCAUGCUGGUGCUAAGCUUGCUAAGAACAAGGGCGAUAGCAACGGUAAUGAAGUCCCUCAAAUUAUCGCAAUUCCAUUCAUAAGGAAGUAUAUUCAAUACGCCAAGGAAAGAAUUGUUCCUCAAUUAACGCAGGAAGCAGUAGAUGUUAUCAUCAAAGCUUAUUCUAACCUAAGGAAUGACCAAAAUACAAAGAAAUCUCCAAUCACAGCAAGAACUUUGGAAACAUUAAUCAGAUUGUCUAGUGCUCAUGCUAAGGUAAGGCUUUCCAAGAAAGUCGAAUUAGAAGACGCGAAAGUUGCUUCUCAACUACUAAGAUUCGCUUUGUUAGGUGAAGAUAGUGCUGGCGUUGAUGAAGAUGAAUUCUCACAAGGAAGAACAUCUGAAAGGUCUCCAAGGAAGAAACCAAGAGCCUCACCAAAGAAGAAGAAGACAUCCACUUACAGAGACACUAAUUCGGAUGAAGAGAACGUAGGGUUAGAGGAGGACACUGGUGAGGAUUUAGACCAAGAUAUGGAAGGUACUCAACAGGAUCAUCCAUCAGAUUUAGAAUCCACAAUGGUCCAACUACCGCCUGACCAAGAAGAAGAUCUACAAAGACGACUGGAACAAAACUUAAGGGUUAGUCCAAGAAGAUUACAACAUACAUUGGAAAGAAGAAUACUCUCCCAAACAGACCAUCAACAACAGAUCUCUUCCCAAUCGUCGAACAAUUCGACCGGUCCACUAGAAACAGGCUCUCAACUUCAACAAUCGCAAAUCUCGCUUGAUUUCAUGUCCAUUGAUGACAUGGACCAAGGAUCAAUUUCUACUGGAAGAUUAUCAUCACUUUCCGGUAUUGUAGCAAGGUUGAUGCAAUCGGACAUUUUCGAAGAAGAAUCAUAUCCUGUGGCAUCGCUUUUCGAUCGUAUCAACGAGCAAGUUCCAGAGGAGGAAAAGUUCUCUGUUGAAGAAUAUGUUGCAGGUCUAAGGAUUAUGAGUGACAGAAACAACUUGAUGAUCGCGGAUGGUAAGGUAUGGAGAGUGUAA